GAACGCCCCAAGAAAGAGAACAUCUUGGACCUAUCGAAGUACAUUGACAAGGAUAUCAAUGUAAAGUUCAAUGGCGGACGCGAGAUCAAGGGAAAGCUCCGAGGUUUCGACGGUCUCAUGAACCUAGUUCUUGACGAUGUUUGGGAGACACUUCAAGGUACGGCGAACCAUUCUCAGGGAAAACCAGCCAAGCGCUUCCUCGGCCUCCUGGUGGCGCGCGGCACUCUCCUCACCAUCAUCAGUCCCUGUGAUGGUAGUGAGGAGAUACAGAAUCCCUUCGCG